AUUAACCUAUUCACUUCCUCCGUUAUCACAACAUUACUAAUACUCACCAUACCUAUCAUAUUAGCUAGCACCUCGAUCUACAAGAGCAAACUCUACCCAGAGUACGUAAAGACUACUACCUCGUAUGCCUUUGUAAUUAGCACAGUCCCCAUAAUAAUAUUUAUUUACUCCGGACAGGAAAUGAUUAUCUCAAACUGACACUGAAUGACUAUUCAAUCCGUAAAACUAUCACUAAGUUUUAAACUAGACCACUUCUCAAUAAUCUUCAUACCCGUAGCCCUAUUCAUUACAUGAUCCAUCAUAGAAUUCUCAAUAUGAUAUAUAAACUCAGAUCCUUACAUUAAUAAAUUCUUCAAGUACUUACUAAUAUUCCUUGUCACCAUAAUAAUUUUGGUUACCGCAAAUAAUUUAUUCCAACUGUUUAUCGGCUGAGAAGGAGUUGGCAUCAUAUCAUUUCUACUUAUCGGGUGGUGAUACGGACGAUCGGACGCAAACACAGCCGCUCUACAAGCGAUCCUUUAUAACCGCAUUGGAGAUGUAGGUCUCAUCAUAGCCAUAGCAUGAUUUCUAACAAACCUAAAUACAUGAGAUCUCCAACAAAUCUUUAUAGCCGACCACAACAACCUAAAUAUACCACUCUUAGGCCUUCUACUAGCGGCAGCUGGUAAAUCAGCCCAGUUUGGCCUCCACCCAUGACUACCUUCAGCCAUAGAAGGACCCACACCAGUGUCAGCCUUACUACACUCAAGCACUAUAGUUGUAGCAGGGGUUUUCCUCCUGAUUCGCUUUCACCCGCUAAUUGAGCAAAGCGCAAUAACGCAAACAGCUAUCUUAUGCCUAGGAGCCACAACCACAUUAUUCACAGCAAUUUGUGCCCUCACCCAAAAUGACAUCAAAAAAAUUAUCGCAUUCUCAACUUCGAGCCAAUUAGGAUUAAUAAUGGUCACAAUCGGCAUUAACCAACCAUAUCUGGCAUUCCUACACAUCUGUACCCACGCAUUCUUUAAAGCCAUACUAUUCAUAUGCUCAGGAUCCAUUAUUCACAGCUUAAACGACGAGCAACACAUCCGAAAGAUAGGAGGCCUAUUCAAAAUACUGCCACUCACCACUACUUCACUGGUAGUUGGCAGCCUAGCACUCACAGGGAUACCAUUUCUCACAGGAUUCUAUUCCAAAGACCCCAUCAUUGAGACCGCCAACACAUCAUAUACAAACGCCUGAGCCCUAAUAUUAACCCUCACAGCCACAUCCAUAACAGCCGCCUACAGUACUCGGAUCAUAUUCUUCACUCUCCUAGGACAACCUCGCUCUAACCCCACAGUAAUAUCUAGUGAAAAUAACCCCCUCCUGAUCAACUCCAUCAAACGCCUACUGGUAGGGAGCAUUUUCGCAGGGUACCUAAUAUUCUAUAGCAUCCCACCCACAACUGUCCCACAAACAACCAUACCACAUUACCUAAAACUUACGGCCCUCGUUGUAACGCUUCUAGGCUUUAUUGUAGCCUUAGAGCUAACCACCACCUCACAUAAACUCAAAUUUAAAUAUACAUCAAACUUAUUCAAAUUCUCAAGUCUUCUAGGGUACUUCCCUGCCAUCAUCCACCGCUUCAUACCAUCUAUCGGCCUAUCAACAAGCCAAAAACUGGCAUUCACACUAAUAGACUCAACCUGACUGGAAAAUGUGUUACCGAAAUCCAUCUCUUACUUUCACAUAAAGUCAUCAACCAUUAUCUCCAAUCAAAAAGGUCUUAUUAAGCUGUACUUUCUAUCUUUUAUAAUUACCCUAGCCUUAGCCCUAACUAUAAUUAAGUACCACGGGUAA